GCGCGCAAUGUGAGCGAGGCGGCGGGCGAAGGGGAGGCGGAGGUCGGCGCCCGGCGGAGGGCGGCAGGCGGCGGAUCGCGGGGGCCCCGGGUCACCAAGGCACCCAGUUUUCCCACCUCUUCACCCCCGUUCGCUAUGGCCAAGGUGCAGGUGCUGAAUGUGGUGGUGCUGGACAACCCGUCUCCCUUCAACAACCCCUUCCAGUUCGAGAUCACCUUCGAGUGCAUCGAGGACCUGCCGGACGAUCUAGAGUGGAAAAUCAUCUACGUGGGCUCUGCGGAGAGCGAGGAGCACGACCAGGUGCUGGACUCGGUGCUGGUGGGACCUGUCCCGGCGGGACGUCACAUGUUUGUGUUUCAGGCUGAUGCCCCAAAUGCAAGUCUCAUCCCAGAUGCUGAUGCAGUUGGUGUGACUGUGGUUCUCAUCACGUGCACAUAUCGAGAUCAAGAGUUUAUUCGUGUUGGGUAUUACGUAAAUAAUGAAUACACUGAUCCUGAAUUAAAGGAGAACCCACCAAUGAAACCAGACUAUGCCAAACUCCAGCGAAAUAUUCUGGCUUCAAACCCAAGAGUUACCAGAUUCCACAUCAAUUGGGAAGGUGUCAGUGAAAAAAUGGAAGAUAUUGAGAAUGUUGACCCAAGUUCAAAUGCAAUGCUUCCUCCCACCUGUACACCCCUGAAGGGACUUGGAGCAGGAAGUGCACUGAGUAUAGUUCCAGAGAACUCUAUGGACUGCAUGUGAAACCAACUGGUGAAUAUGUGUUGAAAUGGACAUGGUUUUUUUACCCGGGGUUUGUUAGCUUUUGGAGUUAAUUGAGAGGAGCAUUUGUCAGACUUCAGUGUCCCAGAAGGCCUUAAAUCUACAAGUGAGGGAGUGACAAAGGUAGGGGCCAAGGUGUACAAGUUUCCAUUCUGGUUCCACAGCAAUUGCAGUGGUUGUAACUGCCAUAGGUGAUCUACAAUGAGCUGGUUUCUUUUGCCCAAUGAUGAUAGUUAUUGGUAAAAAUGCAGUUGGCAUCUGUUGUAAAUUAGCUGGAAAUAAGUAUCUACAGAACUUGUUUAUAGUUUUUUUUGCUGUGUAGGUCCAGGAAAGGUUGGUGGGGGGGGUGGGUUGGAAAAGUCUGAUUUGUUAAAUAUGUUCGAUACCUCUUCUGAUGGUCCCAGGAGCUGGUCAUUUCCAGAGCUUCAGUUACCAACUGACUGAGCUAUUGCUAGUUGCCUUGUGCUCUCAGCAAUGACUUCUGGAACUUUCAAAGCAAGUGGAGUCACUGGUAUUCAAAAGGCAACCCCACAUAAUCCAAACCAGGAGUUUAAGUUAGCUGAAUGAAUGUCAGUUGUCCAGCAUAAUUGUUUUCAGAAUCUCAAUGAGGAAACUAUUUUGUAACUUUUAAUAUUGUACUUUGUAAAUCGUGAUCCAAACCUGCCUGCAUUGACUCUUGGAUAGGAUAAUUAAAUGCUAAAAUUCAAAAAUAUAAGCUUUAUAAAACAUUGGUUUUGAAAACAGCAACCAUUUUUUACAAAUGUUAGUGAUGUAGAAUUGUAUUGUCUUGCUUUGCCUGAAUAAAAGCACUUGUAAAUGCA